GGAAGUAAUGCUUGCUCUUCUCGGGAUGAAGCCUGUCGUGUUUGUCUCAACACAGUUAGGUGAACGCGAGUGCGAAACAAACAUGUUCCCUCGAAGUUAGGCUUCAAGAUUGCUGACGAGGCGUCUACCACCACGAAUACGACCAGUACCACAUGUCCUUUUGGACUUUUAAAAAUUUUUAACAUUAUUUUAAUACAUAGUCUGUGAAAGAGAUGGGCAUUUGGCAGUCACUAUCUGGUCCUCCCGAGUACAGACAACUGGCGGAAAAGACAGGCUUCACCUAUGAGCAGAUUGGGGUUCUCCACAAUAGAUUCAAGCACUUGAGCCACAAUGAAGACACCCUGCGGAGAGAACACUUCUACGCCAUCCACGACCUCGCCUGGAAUCCCAUCCGAGCGCAGAUCAUUGAGGCUUUCUUUGACAGGAGGAACCUAAUCCCACCCGAAGAGGGCUCGCUGGAGGAGAUCCACCUGGAGGAGUUUGUGGUGGUCAUGUCCCACUUCAAGCCACCGUCGCUCAGCAUGACAGAUGAGGAGCGUGACAGCGUCCGCAGAGAGAAGCUGAGAUUUUUAUUCAACAUGCACGACUCGGACAAUGAUGGAACCAUAACCCUGGCGGAGUACAGACAUGUGGUGGAGGAGCUCCUAUCUCGCAGCGUGCACAUCAGCAAGGAAAUGGCCGUCAGCAUCGCGGACGCUGCCAUGCUGGAGGUGGCGGGCAUAACCAUGGGUCACAUGGAGCCUGACGAGUUCUACGAGGGCAUCACGUUCGAGCACUUCCUCAAGCUGCUGAACAGCUUCGAGAUUGAAGCCAAGAUGAACGUUCGUUUUUUGAAUAUGAAUCCGUCCACUGUUUGCUACUAACGUCUGAAUGAGGAGAACGAGAAUCAUAAAAAUGGUUUGUUGUUUUCAUAAAAACACAUGUAUACAGUGAACCUCUGUUCAUUGCGGGAUACGUUCCACAGUCGAAGUUACAGUUACAAUAAUGUAGAAAUUGCGGAUGGCGGACACUUAGUGAUCACUGAUAACAGCUGCAAAUCAUUUUUUUUUUUUUAAACCCAUUCAUUGAAUGGGAUGAAAAAAGUAUUCUAUGGGGGGAAGAAAAAAACUUGCUCAAAAUCGGCGACAAAUCGCACGAUUUCAAUGUAUACUCUUAACUGCAUUUGAACGACUAUGCAAAUUCAUACCAAAUAUGUGUAUUCUCACAUUGUCGUGGUGUCAGUAGUAGGAGGGUGGAUCAGCCUCUUAAAACAAUAAUCCACUAAUGUGCGUGUUAUGUUUAUAUGCAAAUUACAAAACGAUAAAGAAUUAAGACUGUUAAUGGGAUCCAUUAAUUAUUCUCUUCAGGGAUUACAUGCUUGUCUUCAAAGGACACUCAGUGGCCACAACAUUAGGUACAGCGGCACACGCUAAUCAUAUCCAAUAUGAACUGUAUAAAAUAAUAUUGUUUAUUGUGUUUUGUUUCUCAAAAAAAUAAAAAACAAUUAUUUGAAUCGGAAAAAGAUCAUGUGGGUGUCCCUAAUAUUGUGGCUGCUAAAACAGCUUUCAGCACUUAAAUCCACUUGGCGCAUGUAACAAUUUUUCCACAAUAAAAUACACUUUCAAGAUAA